AGCGGGAGCACCGCGGCGGCGGCGGCGGCAGCGGCGGCGGCGCCGACGGCACGCGGCCACCCCCCCUACCCCCCUAAUUCCCCCCCCCCUCCCGCCCAAUCGCCACCCCCCCGCUUAUUUCCGGAGCCGGGACGAGGAGGGGCCGGAGCGGCGGCAGCUCGCGGCGGCUGCGUGGGCAACGGCCUCUCCCCCGCGCCGGUGUUCCCGCUCCUCGCCCCCCGCCGGCCGCUCGCCCGGCGCGCAGGGGAAGCUAAUUCGCCGGCUGAGCGCGCUCCGCGGAGGAAAGGGACGAGGCAGAAGGAAGGGCUGUUUCCGUGGCUUCGUGGAUGCUCUGCUUUUCCUGGAAAUGCAAAAGAUUAUGCGCGUUUCUGUCUUCCUGGCGCCCGUGUUGUGGGGGCUGAUCUGGGGGGUCAAUUCGAACAGCAUACAGAUCGGGGGGCUGUUCCCGAGGGGCGCCGACCAGGAGUACAGCGCGUUCCGGGUAGGGAUGGUUCAGUUUUCCACCUCGGAGUUCAGGCUGACUCCCCACAUCGACAACCUGGAGGUGGCCAACAGCUUCGCCGUCACCAACGCCUUCUGCUCCCAGUUUUCAAGAGGAGUCUUUGCUAUUUUUGGAUUCUAUGACAAGAAGUCUGUAAAUACCAUAACUUCGUUCUGUGGGACUCUUCAUGUCUCCUUCAUAACUCCCAGCUUCCCAACAGAUGGAACACAUCCCUUUGUAAUUCAGAUGAGACCUGACCUCAAGGGAGCUCUUCUUAGCUUGAUUGAAUACUAUCAGUGGACCAAGUUUGCGUAUUUGUAUGACAGUGACAGAGGCUUGUCAACACUGCAAGCUGUGCUGGAUUCUGCUGCUGAAAAGAAAUGGCAAGUGACUGCUAUCAAUGUAGGAAAUAUUAACAAUGACAGGAAAGAUGAAACUUACCGUUCACUGUUUCAAGAUCUAGAGGUAAAAAAGGAAAGGCGAGUGAUUUUGGACUGUGAGCGCGAUAAAGUCAACGACAUUGUUGAUCAGGUUAUCACAAUUGGUAAACAUGUUAAAGGAUACCAUUAUAUCAUUGCAAAUCUGGGAUUUACUGAUGGAGAUUUGUCAAAAAUUCAGUUUGGAGGAGCUAACGUCUCAGGAUUUCAGAUAGUUGACUAUGAUGAUCCUCUGGUGUCAAAAUUUAUACAACGUUGGUCAACACUGGAGGAAAAAGAAUAUCCCGGUGCACACACAAGUACAAUUAAGUAUACAUCUGCUCUGACCUAUGAUGCUGUUCAAGUGAUGACAGAAGCUUUCCGUAAUUUGCGUAAACAGAGAAUCGAGAUUUCCAGAAGAGGAAAUGCUGGAGAUUGUCUUGCAAAUCCAGCUGUACCCUGGGGUCACGGUGUAGAAAUAGAAAGGGCAUUGAAACAGGUUCAGGUGGAAGGUCUAACAGGGAAUAUAAAGUUUGAUCAGAAUGGAAAGAGAAUUAAUUUUACAAUAAACAUCAUGGAACUCAAAAGUACUGGUCCUCGGAAGAUUGGCUAUUGGAGUGAAGUGGACAAAAUGGUUGUGAAUCCUCUUGAUGGCCCUCUCGGAAAUGAAUCUUCAGGACUAGAGAAUAAGACUAUUAUUGUCACCACUAUUUUGGAGUCCCCAUAUGUCAUGAUGAAGAAAAAUCACGAAAUGCUUGAAGGAAACGAUCGCUAUGAGGGCUAUUGUGUGGACUUAGCUACAGAAAUUGCUAAACACUGUGGAUUCAAAUAUAAGCUCACAAUUGUUGGGGAUGGCAAGUAUGGGGCAAGGGAUGCAGACACGAAAAUCUGGAAUGGGAUGGUUGGAGAACUUGUUUAUGGGAAAGCCGAUAUUGCAAUCGCUCCAUUAACUAUAACAUUGGUGAGAGAAGAGGUGAUUGACUUCUCAAAGCCCUUUAUGAGCCUGGGGAUAUCAAUAAUGAUCAAGAAACCUCAGAAGUCCAAGCCAGGAGUGUUUUCAUUUCUUGAUCCGUUAGCAUAUGAAAUCUGGAUGUGCAUUGUUUUUGCCUACAUUGGGGUCAGUGUAGUUUUAUUCCUGGUCAGCAGAUUUAGCCCAUACGAGUGGCACACUGAGGAAUUUGAAGAUGGAAGAGAAACGCAAACUAAUGAAUCAACUAAUGAAUUUGGGAUAUUUAAUAGUCUCUGGUUUUCCCUGGGUGCCUUUAUGCAGCAAGGAUGCGAUAUUUCGCCAAGAUCCCUGUCUGGGCGCAUUGUUGGAGGUGUGUGGUGGUUCUUUACCCUCAUCAUAAUCUCAUCCUACACGGCUAACUUAGCUGCCUUCCUGACGGUUGAGAGGAUGGUGUCUCCCAUUGAAAGUGCAGAGGAUCUUUCCAAGCAAACAGAAAUUGCUUAUGGAACGUUAGAUUCUGGCUCCACUAAAGAGUUUUUUAGGAGAUCUAAAAUUGCAGUGUUUGAUAAAAUGUGGACCUAUAUGAAAAGUGCAGAACCAUCUGUGUUUGUGAGGACUACAGCAGAAGGGGUAGCUCGAGUACGGAAGUCCAAAGGAAAAUAUGCCUACUUGCUGGAGUCAACUAUGAAUGAGUACAUCGAACAAAGGAAACCCUGUGAUACCAUGAAAGUUGGUGGGAAUUUGGAUUCCAAAGGCUACGGCAUCGCCACACCUAAAGGAUCCUCAUUAAGAAAUGCGGUUAACCUCGCAGUACUAAAACUGAAUGAACAAGGCCUGUUGGACAAAUUGAAAAACAAAUGGUGGUACGACAAAGGAGAGUGCGGCAGCGGGGGAGGUGAUUCCAAGGAGAAGACCAGUGCCCUCAGUCUGAGCAACGUGGCGGGAGUCUUCUACAUUCUCGUCGGGGGACUUGGUUUGGCCAUGCUGGUGGCUUUGAUUGAGUUCUGUUACAAGUCAAGAGCUGAGGCGAAACGAAUGAAGAUGACCUUGAAUGAUGCCAUGAGGAGCAAGGCAAGGCUGUCAAUUACAGGAAGUACUGGAGAAAAUGGACGUGUUAUGACUCCAGAAUUUCCAAAAGCAGUGCAUGCAGUACCUUACGUGAGUCCUGGCAUGGGAAUGAAUGUCAGUGUGACUGAUCUCUCGUGAUUGAUAAGAACCUUUUGAGUGCCUUACACAAUGGUUUUCUCGUGCGUUUAUUGUCAAAGUGGUGAGAGGCAUCCAGUAUCUUGAAGACUUUUCUUUCAGCCAAGAAUUCUUGUUUUUGUGGAGUUCAUCUUGGAUUGUAAUGAAUGCUUAAUUCAAAACACCAUUUUCUACACAAGUUCAAGAUGAAGCUUGACUGACAUGCACAGCUAACAUGGAAGUACUGUAAUCUAACUGAAGUCGUUGUACAGGCAACACACCAGUUUCUGCAGCCACCGUUGUUAGUCCCUUGGUUCAUAUUGACUUAAGCACACUUGACAUCAAUUGCAUCAAGAUGUGACAUGUUUUAUAAGAAAAAAGAGAAAAAAAAAAAAAAAAAACCAAACAAAACAAACAUUUAAAAUGAAAAAAAUAUUUUUAGGUAUUUUCACAAACAAAAACUGGCUUUUAAAUAAAUUUGCUUCCAUAAUGGUUGGAUAUGACAAAAAAGUUAAAAAAAAAAAAAAAAUCCAACACAAAAAAAACCCACCAACAACAAAAAAUAAGAAAGAAAUCUAGACUGCGGAGAAGUGGAAUAUGAAAAUAAGGCUUAAGGCAUCAGUUCCAUAUUUUUCAAAGCCAAAUAUGUAAUGUUGAGAAGAGAAGAAAUAAUAAUUAAGAAGUUAAAAAUCUUGUAAUUUAAUAUUGUUAUUAAAACUUUGCUGUAUAUCCUAUUCUUUAACAUUUGGUGUUAAUAUAAAAUUACUUGGCAAUGCUUGACAUUUGAAAUAAACUUUUUUCUAUGGUUUUAUUUGCAAGUGUUCCAUUAAUUUUACUAGUUACAGUUGGGAUAUAGAGAGCCUGAAAUCUAAAAGGACACUGUCAAGGUUGGGUCAAUGUUUUCCUUUUUGGCAGUGUCGCCACCCCCAACUCACUUGAAUCUGUUCUACAGUUUUUUUCGACAGAUGAGCCCAAGCUGUGAUGCCCAGAUAUGCAUUUUGAACUCUGAAGAUCCAAGGUUGUUCUGGGUUGGAGCGGUACUUGAUACCAGCACAUGAGGAGUCAGAUAGGUGCUGAUUUAGAGCUCCUCUUAACUCUGACGUGCAGGGACUUGUGAUCCAAAGAUUCGGUUCAUAUCUAUCUCUACUUUUGUACAAUUGCAUUCAUAAAUACAUGUACAGAGAGGGAAGACUAUCAGUAAAAAUUGAUAAGUGGCAAGCAGUAAAAUAGUGUUAAAUAUUUUUUUAAAGUAUGAAACAAACAUAGUUCUCAAAUUGCUACUUUAAUGAAGCAGUUUUAAACUGUUAAAAGGUAAUUCUAAGCAGUAACUAAUAAAGUUCUUUGUUAUGAAGAAUACCCAAAACCUUGGCAAUGUCUUUUUUGAAUUAAGAUUGAUAAUAACUCGAAUUAGAUGCAAGUCUGUACUGAUCAAAGUAGAAAAACUUUCCUGAAUCUUAAUCAUUAUGAAUAUUCUUUGCUAUCUGAAGUUGCCAUAUGUUUUAAUUAUGUGUCUUUUAAAAUGAUAACUCUACUUACAAAGCAAAAAGGAAUCCUAAGAGGGGUGCAAUAACAUUAAUUUAAAUGCUAAUGCAAAUCAAAGCAACAUCAUAUUUCUCUAGCUUUCCCUGUAGAUAAAAUUCUGUACAUUUGAUUGAAAAGCUUACAUUUUUCUGCAUUGUGGAUACAUUGCCUCAUGCAGUAUCAGUAAAUCUCUAUUUUUGACUUAAUAAAAUUUGAAAUGAUUUGCAGUUUUAGUUGGAAUCCAUUUCUUAGGCUGAAGUAAAAUGUUUACUGAACAUUGGAGAAGACAGAGCAUUUGUCAGAAACUUGAAAUCCCUUCUUGUGGUACGAGCUCUGAGCCUGUUUCUGCAAGCAUGUGAACAAGGUGUAUACCUCUCUUGAUGACCACACUGAGAGUAUACACAGUGUUUUCAGUCAGAUUUACCAGUAACUUUCCCGUAAUUAAACGAACCUGUUUCUUGACGCAUCUGUUAUCUGUAGGUGUUCUGUGCAUUACUCCUCAUCAGGAAUGUUGGGGGAUGCAUUCUGAUUUUUAAUGUUCAAUGCUAGAAUGACCAAACUAAAAAUAUUAUUCGUAUGGUAAUCUAAACUUUUUGAAAAGUAGAAUUGCAUUACUGUAUACAGUGGAAAGCUAUUUAUUGUACCUCUGGGCUUAUUCCUCUAAAAAUCGUAGUGUAAAAAAAAACUUUGUCAAGCCUGAACUGAUGUAUAUAACUGAAAUAAUGUAAAGUUAUAUUUUCAUGUUUUUAUACUUAACAACAUGAUGGGAAUACAUAAUGUAUGAGUAUUUCAAUUACAGAUAAUAUUGAUUGGAUAAUACACAUCUCGGUUAAAAAACAGUAAUCAUAGUUUAAUAUCCAUGUUACAGUACAUCAGUAUAUUACUAUAUAAAGUAUGUCUGUGUGCAUUUAAGUGAAAAGUAGUCAAGAGUGAUGAAAGCUGUCCAAGGGUUUUUUAUUCAUUUUAUAUGAAAACUGUUAUGGAACAACCAAAAUGUUUAUGAACUCAAACUUGUGUAAAUUUCAAAAUGUCCUUUUACUGUAGCUUUUUGUUUACAGUACAGUAUCUUAUUUUCUGCUUUGUUAAAUGAGUAACGGUACAAAGCUGGACAUACACUUUCUAAGACAUUAACGUUCCCGUUUUUUCAUGUAUACCUAUAUGACAGAAAAUGCUUCUGAUUUUAUUUUUCAAUCUAACACAUGAUGGCUUUUCUGGAGUGUUGUAUAAACUUCAAUCAUACAUAAAAAAAUCUUCUUAAAAAAGG